CCUUAAUCUGCGACCGACACGACCAUUAUCGGUUGUCCAAUAAAUCCAACGGCCCAAAUUCCAAAAAUGGGCAUAGUCUUAUCUUCCCAAAGGAAUAGAGAGAGAGAGAGAGAGAGAGAGAGACAGAGAGAGGCAGAUGGGGGUUGUGAUAAUCGACGGAUCAACGGUGAGAGACUUCGUGAACGAUGAGGCGCAGUUCAAGAAGAACGUGGACGAGCAGUUCGGGGCGCUGGACCUGAACAAAGACGGGGUUCUCUCGCGCGGGGAGCUCCGCAAGGCCUUCGAGUCGUUAAGGCUGAUCGAGACCCACUUCGGCAUCGACGUGGCGACGCCGCCGGAGCAGCUGACGCAGCUCUACGACUCCAUCUUCGAGGGCUUCGACUGCGACAAGAGCGGUACUGUGGAUCUGGAGGAGUUCAGGGGGGAGAUGAAGAAGAUCAUGAUGGCCAUUGCUGAAGGGCUGGGGACUUGUCCUAUUCAGAUGGCUCUCGAUGAUCAGAGUUUGCUCCAAAGAGCUGCGGAUCUCGAGGCCUCCAAGGCCUCUAAGGCCUCUAAAGCCUCCUCCUCUUGAAUGAAUACUCAUGGCUAUGCCAUAUAUGUUUAUGCUGCUUCUGUUUCUGGAUAUUAAAGUUGUUUCUUUUUUUUGCUCAUCUUCCUAUCGUAAUAUUCUAAAUCAUUAAUU